UGAAAUUUCCUUUCCAGACCAUAGGGCUCGUUUCGACCAACUGGCUCUCGCUCAUGGAUCAGAGUCCGCAAGGCGUCUUAGACCCCAUGUCUGAGCAUGAGCACAGGGAGGCUCUUGAGGUGCUCGCGGAACUGCACAGUAAAGCUACAGACUAUCCCAAGACAGGCAUGUCUGUCAGCAUGCAAGAGAUCCCGCGUAGCACUUUGGACUCGAGGCCGGACUGGAGCGCCCCUGAAGUUCAGGAUGGAGACUCUAGGGUUUACUACGAGAGCAGACGGUGGAUCGGCUGCUUGUAUCGGGAAAUCAGCCUCACCGCGCCCGACAAUAGCAAGUCAGGUUCGCGAAAAUCUCACAGCUUCCCCUCUAUCGACAAAGUGAUUGAGAUCUUCGAUAAAAACAAGUUCCCGACGAACGAUCCAGUCGCAGAAGCCCUUCUCGUACGGAUCACGCCUUAUGUUGCGUCGCCAUAUCGCUACAGCAGAAAACGUAUAGAGCCCAUCUGGGACUGCUUCAGGUCCUACGUGACGUCUCUCCGCACACUCUGCACCACUUUCAGCCUUGUUCAGCGCCAUGCGGCGAUGCUCAGCGAAGAAGAGGUGGUAACCGAUACGAUUGUCGCGCAGACCAACCAGCCGCACAUGCGCAAGGAGAGGAUGGCGAAGAUGCGGGAGCAUGCCGGCCAGCUUGUCGCCCGCGCGGCGGCGCGUAUGAUAGAUUCUGAACGGGGCGACAAGAAGGAAGUGGUGAAACGGGCCUGGGUCGCGUUUAGGGUUAGCACGAUACAAGCUGAAGCGUUUGGAUCUCGGAGUUUCGGGCUCCUGGCUAUACGGGAGCUCCUCGAGGCUCUCAAGCAGCUUGAAGCUUCAGGGCCAUGAUUGUAGCAUUCUGAUCGCUGCUUAUUCGGCGUUGUGGGAGUGGCGUGCGUCUUUCUAUUGAUAUUCAGCAAAUGGGAAGUCGCAC